AUGAAUCAUAUUCCGUUCUCGAAACAAGCCCCAAACGUCGCGAUUGCAGCCAACCACGAAGGUGAAGCUGAUCCUCGGGCUUUGCAAUACGCCAAGAAUGAAGUAGGUUACGAAAGGUUCCUGCAAUGUUCAGUUGAGGACGGUUCAAUGACCGGGCGUGAUGAAACGGAUGGCAUGGAGCGUGGUCGCAUUGAGAAACACGGGAUUCCUAUAUGUGCCCCUGGACCGUUUUUUAUCGAGCAAAGCUGGCUAAAGAUGGCAUUCGAAGGAUGGUCGAAACCAGAAUCGAAGCAAGGCGGUAUUUGCGACAGAUUGGAAUGUGGUGGUUAA